AUGUGGCAGGCAGUGGCGUGUGCGGCAGAGCAAGGGUGUGAUGGUGCUGCUCGUGCGCCUCGUGCCACCGCUCGUGCGCCGGGUGCCACCGCUGUCCUUGGUGCUGCUAGCGGUCAGGGUGGCGGGGGAGAGAGAGGCGGUGGGGAGGUGAAGGGAGGGCAAAAGGACGAGGGGUUUGGAUGGAAGCAGCGGCGGAGAGAGAAGCAGGGGCGGCGCAAGCAGGAGCAGCGGCGGCAGAGGUGCGUGUGGGUGUGGGUGCAUGCCCUCAUGCUGCCCGACGCCCUGGCCGCCCUCACAGCCGCCAGUCAGCAGCUGGACCAGGAGAGCAGCAGCGAGCAGAAAGGGUGGAGGCGGAGGCGGGUGAGUGUGGAGAGCCGUGAGGGCGAGCUGUGUCGGCUGGAGGUGGCGGGGCGAGCUGCCCUCCCCCUGCUGCUCUCCGUGCUGCGCCCCUCCGCCCCUUUCAACACCCUCUCCCCCGUGCUGCUGCCGCUACCCUUCCCUGCUGCUGCUGCCCCUGCCGCCUCUGCCUCCCGUGCUGCCCCCACCUCUGCUUCGCCUGCUGGCCGCUCUGCCUCGUCCGCUGCAGCAUCAGAGCGCCUGCAGCAGUCAGAAGCGUCCUGGAAGGUGCUGGCAGAGCAGGGGGCGCACCUCCCUGGUGGGGCCGUGGUGGGGUUGAGAGCGGUGGACGCGCGGCUGCUGGCAGGCAGGGGGAGGGAGGCUGGUGGGGUAGCUGGUGGGGCGCCUGGAGGGCGGAUAGGCUCUUCUCAUGGACAGCACACUGGGAGUGCUGAUGUGUUACACAAGGGUGGUCUGUGUUUCGAUUGGUGGAGAGAUGUGGCAGGAUCGGUGGAUGGGGCGUCCAUUGCCGCUGCUCCCACUCUGUGGAUUCCGAGAGAGCAGCACAGGGCAGCACGCUGCCGGGGGGAGCAUGGGGCACGCAGGGGGGGGGGCAAUGAGUCACACAUGGAAAUGCAUGACGCAUGGGAGGCGGAAGAGGAGGCGAGGCUGACAAUGGGUGAUAGUGGGGAGGAGAGGGCGGAGACGCGUGAAGGUGUGGGAGGGCAGCGAGGAGGAGAGGUGAGAGGCACAGCAGCCGCUGUGACCAGCACCACCCCUCUCCCCCUCUCCGCCCCGCCCCCCCAGCGCCUGCUGGAUGCGUGGCGCCGCGCGCUCAAGCUGCAGGGGCUGAUGGGGGCGCGGGAGGCACAGCGCAUGGGGGAGAGCGUGGCGGGGCAGUGGGUGCAGUGGCAGGCGGGCAGAGGGGAGGGGGGGAGUGGUGGGGAGGGGCGGGGAGGAGGAGAUGGGGCGUGUGGAGGAGAGGUGUGUGGAGAGCAGGCAGGGUGUGAUGUGGUGGUGGUGAAGCAUGGGUGCGGUGCCAUGCAGGGUGCUGCCGUGACCAGGUGUGGUGCUGCCGUGACCAGGUGGUCGGUCAUCGUGCCAUCCGAGUGGCUGCAGGCGUGCUGGCACCCGUUCAUCCUGCACGGUGCACAUGCCAUCGGGCUAGCCGAGAGGCACACGCUCUUCACAGCGGCGGGUCUGCCUCUCUUUCCUUACGACUACCCUGAGACGUUCGGCUACAGGUGCCACGUGGCAGCCUCCUAUUUGCUGCAGCGCGCCCGCUAUGACCGCACACCACCCUCCAAGCGCCCUCUGUGCCCCCCCCUGCCGCCUGCUUGGGCUGCUGCUUCUGGCGUGUGGGGAGGGGCGGGGGAAGGAGGAGAGAGAGGGAGAGACGGGGGGGAAGGGAGAGAAGGGGGUGGAGGGGAGGCAGAGGCGGACGUGGACUUGAGGGUGGCGCGCUGCUCUGCUCGCGCGCUCUCCGCCUUGCUGCCUGCUGCUCUGCGCCACGGCUCUCGUGGUGCUGCUCACGGGGAUGCUGCUGACGGUGAGGGGGGGGGCGGCAGGGGAUUAUGGGUGGAUGGGCGUGUCACAGACCAGGGCGGGAAAGGGCACGCAGGGCAGGCGGGCAGUGGAGGAGGUGGGUGGAAGCUGGGAGCGGUGGGCGGGGCGCAUGGCUCACGGGUGGGCGGGGCGCAUGGCUCACGGGUGGGCGGGGCGCAUGGCUCACGGGUGGGCGGGGCGCAUGGCUCACGGGUGGGCGGGGCGCAUGGCUCACGGGUGAGUGUGGAGUGGAGGCGAGUGGGGGAGAGGGAGAGAGGGUCGACCACAUGGGAGGAGAGAGGGGCUGAUGCUGCUGGUGGGGCAUGUGUGGCGGAUGGGCAUGGAGGGGGGAGCGUGGGCAUGGCAAUGGAUGUGGACUCGCCUGCGGCAUGCCCACCACUGCCCCUCCAUGCGCUCUCAAGCACCGCAGCGCCACCACGGCAGCAUGAGCAGCAGGGGACGUGCAUGGUGGCGGUGCGAGUGGUGCCGGCGGGCAGGGGGGCAGCGCAGGCAGCAGCAGAGCUGUGUGUGCCGUCGCCUCAAGACUUCCACCGCUUCUGCUUCCGACGCAAUGGGGCUUCUGUGCACGGCGUCCGUGCCUCUGCCUGGCGUGGAGUUGUCCUCCCUCCCUCUCUCCUCCGCACCAGGCUCGGCUCCGUACCUGUUGCCAUGGCUCGGAAGACGAAGCGGCAGGUGCAGAAGCAGAAGCAGAGGGAGAGGCGGCGAGGCACAGAGGAAGAGCAAUAUGUGGCGAGCUUGAGGGAGACGGAGGGGCUGCAGAGGAAGGAGGGCGACGGAGCAAGGGGAGGGGGUCAAUGGUGUGGGGGGCCAAGGCGCGGGAUUAGGGAAGUGAUUGGGUUUGUGACGAGUGCAGCACCGCGAGGCAGCAAGAGCCGAGUGUCGCUUGGGUGUGUGCGAGCAUCAGCCUUGCACGCAGCUGCGUGCCGCCAGUACUCCUCCACCAUCCCCUCCCUCUCCACCAUCCCCUCCAUCUCCACCACCUCGCCCUCUGCCGCGCUUCUUCCUUCCGUGCGAGUGCUGCUGCUCAUGCGCUGCCCCGCCUCCUCUGCCUUCCGCCCCGUGCUCGUCUCACUGGCUGCGGAGGACUCAGGAGACCUGGCAAGCACCGGAUGGUCGUGA